CCCCACUCUGUAUGUGUGUGCCUGUGUUACCAACGCCGCUUGCAAGCCUGAAAUUGCUGGAGCAAAGCAAGCCGGAGGAGGAAACCGCCAGCGUUUACAUAGAGAAAAAGACAAUUCACUGAACGCAAGGAGAAGAGAGUGAGAGAAAGAGAGUCAGGAAAAACUAGGAAUAAUUAAAAUAAUUCAACUGGAUCACAUUGAUUGCAUAUCCAUUCCCCUACAUUAGCUUUUCCCAAGAAUGGCAAGCGGGCAUCCCACUGACAAAUUCAGUUUCUUGUACCAACCCGAAAGCUGUCAAAACCUGAAGAGCAAGAGUAGACUGUCUUCCACCAUGAACCCGGUUUAUAGUCCCGUUCAGCCCGGGACUCCAUACGGAAACCCCAAGAGCAUGGCGUACACAGGCUACCCUGGAGGUUAUCCCACCACGGCUCCUACCUACACACCCAACCUCUAUCAGACCGGCAGCCCAGGCUACCCUCCAGUGCUGCUGGUGAAGCAGGGCUGGGCACAGACCUCCACCUCAGGGCCCACUGAGGGUUCCUAUGACCUGGCAGUGGACGCGGGCUCAGAGAGCAGAUCUUACCAGGCCUCGUCUGCAGCAUUCAGAUACACCGCUGGGACCCCCUACAAGGUGCCCCCCACCCAGACCAAUGGAGCCCCCCCACCCUAUUCCCCAUCCCCCAACCCCUACCAGACGGCCAUGUACCCAAUCAGAAGUGCCUACCCCCAGCAGAAUCUCUAUCCUCAGGGUGCUUAUUACACACAGCCUGUGUAUGCAGCUCAGCCUCAUGUGAUUCACCACACCACAGUGGUCCAGCCCAACAGCCUCCCUUCUGCCAUAUACCCCGCCCCUGUCCCUGCCCCUCGCUCUAACGGAGUGGCCAUGGGCAUGGUGGCAGGGACCACCAUGGCCAUGUCAGCAGGAACCUUGCUGACCACCCCACAGCACACUCCCAUUGGAGCUCACCCCGUUACCGUGCCAACGUACAGGCCUCAAGGGACGCCUGGGUACAGCUAUGUGCCUCCUCACUGGUAAACCAUCAACCAAUUCAUAUCUGCAGUCAAAACAUUGUAUGCAACUACUCAAGUCUUACAUCGGUGCACUGUGGUCAACAUCGGAGCACUGCGUCUGUUUGCAAGAACAAAAAAAAAGUGCAAGGGUCACUUUAUGCAUUCUUUAGUGUUUUUGUAAAAGCUGCUUUUAAAACUGUUUUUUUUUUUAAGUUUAAAGUUUUUUUUUUGUUUGUUUGUUUUUUUUCUGCACCUCUCUGUUGUAUUUCUUUUUUUUUAAUUUAUCAACAAUUUCUGUCAGAAACUCCAGGCAGACCAAAAGCAGUAGUUGAGGAUGUUCUUUUUGGUGUUACCGCUGCUCAUGUCUCUGGGCCGAUUCCAGCUAUAGGAAUGCGCAGACUACACCCUCAUCAUUAUGGUCGUCAUCGUUAUAAUCAUCAUCAUCUUAUGCUGCCAAAUUUUUCUAAGGAUUAGAUGUUAGCACAGGGUCUUUCUUAUGUUCAUUUCCCAGCUUCCUCUGGGAUGGGCUGACUGGAGAUUGUGCGGCUCUUAGUUUUUUGGGGUUUUUUUCCCUUUCAAAUUUACUUUGGCUUUGGUUUCAUCUUCCAGUACUGAGAACGAGGGUCGUCUUCCAGCUUGUAGCAAAUAUUAGGUAGACGUGUUCUAAAUAUACCCACUGUAUGACCAUGUAAACGCGAUAAUCCCUUCGCUAGGAAAAAGAAUUCUGUAAUCUUAGUUAUACACUACGUAGAAGAUAUUUAAAUAAGUCGGUGACAUAAUUAGCUUGUACGUCAAGAUAUACCGGUAGUAAGCAAUCUUUUAAAUAUAUAAGUAUAUUUUAUAAGUAUGUGCUUGUGUGUAUUCACACACACACAAACACACUCAUAAACUGCAUAGGGUGUGUUGUAUUGCACGUUGACCAGGGUUUAGUUGCAUCACUUUGCUCAGAAUCCAGGCUCUGAUGUGAAUGAAGUCUCAGUCAUGUGCCAACAUAUGGGGAGAGGGGUUAGAGGAGGGACUUGAAUUAUUCAGGAACAUGUCAAGGAUGCAAAGGGAUUUAAAACCAUUGAUAUACUGUGCAUUGGACAAACACAACAAGGAAGGCACAGUAAAAAUCCAUUAAAGUAAGGGUGAUUUUUGGAAAGGAUAAGGAGGAGUUUAGAGAUGAUGUCACCCUGAACCUGCCAGAGCCCCACCCCCCACACCACUCUGCUGCAGGUAUAGGGACUGAUUUACACAUGUCGUUAAUUCAUGACAGAAGUAGCUAGUUCUACCUUGUGCAAAUUAAUGGAGUCUUAUUGGUAAUAAUACACAUAAAGAGGAAUUCAUUCUUCCUUUAAAUAUGCUGUUGUACUCUAGCGGUACAAGUAGUAAGCUCCAAGUGUGGGACUCUUAGGUAAGAGAGGGGUUUGAUGAAGGUGUUGGUACAGAGGGUAGGAGGAUAAGUCAAGCUGUUUGCUGCAUCAUGGGGGAGGGGGGGGAUAGGGCAUACUUAGCCACCAUUACUGGACCCUGACAAUCGACACUGAGGCGUCAGUUUUUUUAUAUUGUUUUUCUUUUCUUUUUUUGCCGAGCGCCCCACUAUUUUGUUGGCUUGAAUAAUGGUAAUGGUAAUGGUAGUGUCAUCAUUUCCAUAGUGGCAGUGUCUUAUUCUGGUUCCCUGGUUGGCCCCAUGACUGUUGGUGAGAGGCAGAAUGGAAGCUUAGUUGGUCACUGUGGUCACAGGCGAGAAGAGAAAGCAAAAAUGAAAGUAGACUGCUUUAUUUUCCAUUUGACUGAAAUUCAGAAACCAAAAUCACACAAAUAUUUUGCAUUGCGGAUUCCGUUGCAUUUCCCCACCUGUUCCGGUGCUCUACCUCUGAUCUGCACCCAUUGGAACACUCUAACACACACACACACACACACACUCUUUCGCUCUCUCUCUCUCGCUCUCUCACACACACACACAAACACAACUUUUUUCUAGUUUUGUUUUGUGUUUUGGUUUUUCUGGUGACGCUACCAUUUCUAAACCAGGCUUCAGUUUUAUCUGUCUCCUUCCAUGUUAUGACUGAAAGAUCAAAGGUCGUGUGGUGUAGGAAUGCCUGGUAUCAGCUGGAGUAGAUGUUUUGCACGGCCUUCCGAUUCCUCCUCACUUGGAACACAUGGAAGUCAUGUGACCACAUAUCAGCAUUGUAUUACUAUAAGUGCACUGAUAAGCAUUGCACAAACAUCUAUGAAUAAUAAUCUAUGCUAAAAAUAGGUACUUCACAUGGGCUCUGAAAAGAUGAGCUACUUUUAAUUUUUACAAGUUCAAAAUGGUACCCUGUAGUUUGAUCAUUUUAAGACAAAUUGGUAUUAAACAGUAUCACUUAUUCUUUUUCUGCUGAGGUUUGUUAACCACUAAUUUUGUUGCAAGUAAAAGAAUUUGAUUACAUUCGGCAGCCUAUUGCCCAAAGCAACUAGAGCAUUUAAAAAUAAAAAUAAAAACAUAUUCACACGUUUGAUAGCAUGUAUGGUAUGAUUGAAUGUGUUAUAUAUGCAUCAAGCAGAAUGGUGUUCUCACAAAGCAUGGUUGCAUCACAAGCGCUGCAGGAGGAUUUAACAGGUUUGGGUUUAGCAUUUAACCCCCUCUGAAUGACCAUAUUCCCUGCGUAUAAAAGUGUUUAUAAGGCAUAUAAAGGAAGGGCAGUUGUGCAUUGGUAAAGGUUUGAUGCAGGAACGCACUGCUGUGUAGUCACUUUUGCCAUUGAAAGGGCACUCAAUGGCCAUGUUUUGAUUUAACUUUAAGGUGUUCCAUCAGAAGCUCCUGGGUACCAUCCUUCUAAAAUCGCCCCAUGCAGCAUUUAAGAGAAUGUUAUGUCAUUGUCUGUUUUGAGUGAGAACAUUCCUAAUGGUAAACUGAACACAGUAAAGACAUUUACAGGUCUUCGCUUUAAAUGACAUGGGUGACAUCUGAAAGUUUUUCAAAUUUAGUUAUUUAGGUUUUCUUUAUCCAAAGCCCUGCCCAUUUGCACCCAAAUGAGUAAGUCUGUCCCUGCAUUGCACUUGGAGACUACUUCCACCUUGACCCUUUUUUUUCUUCUUUUUGUUCAUCUCCUAGUUCAAAAAGAGUGCUGUGCUUUGCAUAUUCAGGAACUGUUCAGGUUUUGCCUGAUUGUGAUCGGUUGUGCAACUGCAAGCGUAGUCCUGCUGUAGCGCCUAGGAAUAGAGCAAUCUGUGCACAACACACCGGCUCUUUAAACCCUAUUCAUUUUGUUAUUCAUGGUGCCUUUUACAGAAGGUAAGAUAAUGAAUUAUAUUUUUGGUUUUGUUUUCUUGAACACAUUUUCUAUAGAUGUGUGCAGUUUGCUAUGAACACUGCUCAGUCUGCUCACUAUCAGCCUGUUCAGUGCACUGAUAGCUCCAAAUAAGAUAAAAUAAGAUAAAAUAAUCCUUUAUUAAUCCCGCAGCGUGGAAGUUUGCAGUGUCCUUGAAUUUGAUAGAAGCUGUGGACUGCUGAAAACCUUUACCUCUGCCCUGCUCUCCCUUUCCUGAGUAGCAUUUUACAAAAAAAGUAGAAAUAAAGAAGUAAUUGUGGUUUUAUGACUUGGGAUUUGACCCCCAGAGCGAGCAAACACCAUUCUCUGAAUACUACAAUGACUUUUUUGUAUGUCCUUGCUUAAAAUCAUAAAGUAAGACAAGACUUGAACAAUGCAUAUUAGUAGUUGUAUUGGCCAAAUUCAAUGUGCAAGUAGAAAUGAGGGUGGGUGUUUAUUUUAUUUUAUUUUUUUUUGGUUUUUUGUUUUUUUGUUUGAAUGGGUGGGUGGGUUGGUGGGGAUCAGGUUUUACCUUCAAGAGAUUCAACCAUGUGUAUGAGUAUUGCCUCUGGUAUUUUAAACUUUAAAAAAUAACAAAAAAAAAUAACUUAGGUUUAAAAGAAUCAGUUCUGAUUAUGUAAUUUAAGCGCUUUUUACCAUAAGUGUUAUUUAAGUUUUAUUGAUGAUUGAUGUUUAUUAUUCUUAAAUAGAGGAACUUUAUGGUUGAAUUGAAGUGGGGUGCCUCUGUAUUUGUCAGGGAGCAUUUCAGAACACAAGUCUGAGGGAAGGGGUUUUCACUCAAAAGCAUUUAAAAUGUUUUUGCUCCCUUGGGGAGGGGCAAAGUGUAGAGCUGGCACCCUCUGGAAAGAGCUGCCGUUGCCCUAAGACCUGGUGAACUGAGCCAUGCUUCCAUUAACCGACAGGAAAGAACACUUAGACUUCUGUCCCACUAUGAUUGAUAUUGGCUUAAAAUUCCAAUUUCCAGUGCCCACUCGGAUCCAGUUCGUUCACCUUUGAUCUGGUUUGUAAAAUUUGUGACUUCACCCCUUAAGUGACAGCAUCAAGCACAUGGCCAUCCUAUUAAUCUUUGUCUUCUGUGGGUCCCACGUGUUUAACAGAGGGGCUGGGGGAAGGGAAACUCACUUCAUAAAACUGGCUGCGAGACAUAACCCGAAAAAGUCACUUUCUGAACGUACACCAGCAGAUCUGUGCACUGUUGACGGGUGAAGCCGGUUGGACUGCCAGUCACAGCUGCCGCGGUCAUACGUUAUCCCAGUGUGCAGGCUCUGAACUAGUAAGUGCUUUUAUUUCGCAUGGGUUAUUUUGGAAGGAUUCGCUGGAAGUGAAACCAUACAGAAAGCGCCGGGGGCCAAGUCAGCUGGCAGGUCAGCACUUCCUCUUUAAGUUUGUUUUGGCACUUCAACCAGAAAGACACCUUUAAAACACUUCGUCCUUACGCGGUGUGCAUAGUUUCAGUAACGUCUCUGGGCAGCCCUCAAAUCAGUUUAAAUUUCUGUAGUGUUGUAGCAACGUGGUAACCUUGUCAUAGCUUUGUGGGAAUGUUAUAAGGGUAUUUGUUAUGUGUCAGCCAACUGAAAUAAAUGAAUAAAAUGUAAAGGCUCAAGACACCAAAUGUCCGUUCAGAAAGAAGUUCUAUGAUGGACUCUGCUUUGCCUCCACUGUUUUCAUUAAUCCAUGUUAUUAAAUUCCAAAUAGCAUGAAAUGGCUUUUCCCUCCUCAGAUGUUAUUGUCAGUAUUCACAUUGAACAGCAACCAAGAGUAUUUUGUGAUUUAAUAAAUACAAAUUUAAAAAGUUGAGUGCCCUCAUUUGCAUAUUAAUGUAUUUGUCCUUUUCAUGGCCAUUUUCGGUCAGUUGGAAUAUUUCCUUUCCCCUCCCCGUCUCAUCAGACAUUGUAAAUCUGCAAUAAGAUUUAAGUGAAUACAAAGCAUGAUAAUUGUAAGGGUUUCCCUCCCCGCCCCCUUUAAAAUGUCUGUUUACUAUCCAUGUAGCUAUACGUAUGUGCUGAUGUACAUACGAGAGCCAAACAUGCAGACCCCCUGACACACAGCUCAAAGGUUCCGCCACUGUUGCUUCAAGUGUUAAGGGUUAAGGAGUUACCCCAAAGCGUUACAUUUGUUGAGAAAUAGUUAAAAUCUUUAAUUUUAAUAUUUUUAACAAAGCUUGAGAUUUCAUCAAAACAUUUAAAUGAUGAUUUGAACGCCAAUUGAAAUGCAAAAAGUGUAAAUUCCAUGUCUUCCAUAGUGCCAUUUUCCAGAGUGUGUGUGUAGGAAACAGCACCUGGAGGUUCAGUACCAGGCUGACACGGAGCACGCUCACAGCAUCUCUUUUUAACGCUGUGGCAGCAACACAAUCUUGUCAUGAGGUCUCAGCAACGGUGUGGGAACGUUUUGCUACGAGUUAGCUCGGGGUCCAGUGAAGCAGAGAGACCCAGGCUUGUGGAUAUGAAGUGUAAGUCUGUUUUUAUUAUUUUUGUUUUUGUUGUUUUUUUUUUUUUUGUUUGGUUUUUUUUUUUUUUUUUUUUUUUGAAGAUCAGUUAGUGAUCUCAGUGACAGAAUUAAGCCAAGUUUGUAAUUGUAUAAUAUUUACUGUAAGAUGUAGAACAUUCAAUAACUAUUAAAAUCUUUCCCAAAAAAAAAA